AUGCGCCUCAUCAACACCCAAACCCUCACCCUCCACGACUUCACCGGCUCCAACACCCCCAAAUACGCCAUCCUCUCCCACCGCUGGACGGACGAAGAACUCUCCUUCAAAGAAUUCUCCAAAGGCCGGUCGAAAGACAAGAAAGGUUAUCGCAAGAUUGUCGAGUUUUGUGAGUGUUUGAGAGGGUGGGAGAGGGAGUGGUGCUGGGUUGAUACGGUUUGUAUUGAUAAGAGGAGUAGUGCGGAGUUGAGUGAGGCGAUUAAUUCUAUGUUCGAAUGGUACAGGAAAGCGACAGAAUGUUGGGUCUGGCUGCACGAUGUCUCCAAUGGCAGUGAGACGGGCUCUCCGGAAGAUCUCCUUCAACAAUUCAGCCAAUCUUCGUGGUUCAAGAGAGGGUGGACGCUCCAGGAGCUCCUCGCACCACUCCAAGUCGUCUUUUGUUCGCGCGAGUGGCAGAUUCUGGGCUGCAAGUAUCUCGAGUACGACCGGUUCUCGAAACUGGCGACGCUGGGCGUGGACGCCGAACUCUGGGACCGGUUGCAAGAAGCCGCGAUGUGGACGUCCGAGAUUGUGCUUUGGGCCACCACGGACCGGACGGGGAUUCCGAGUGAGGUCUUGCUCAACCCGGGCAUGGUGCAGCGAUUUUCGAUUGCGCAGAGAAUGAGCUGGGCUUCAGAUCGUCAGACGACACGGGUCGAAGAUGAAGCGUAUUGCCUGCUUGGGCUCUUCAAGGUCAACAUGCCCCUUCUCUACGGGGAGGGUCGCCGGGCAUUCCAAAGACUGCAACAGGAAAUCAUCCGCUCCUCGCACGACGAAUCCAUCUAUGCGUGGUCGACCGAAACCAUCCCAGAGCAAACGGCAUGGCAUAGACACGGCCCCUUCUUCGCGAUCCUGGCUCCAUCCCCCGAAGACUUCGCCAGAUCCGGGGACAUCGGAGUUGAGAGGCUGUGA